AUUUUUUCCGUUUUGUAGCUGAAAGUGAUGGAGGAAAGGGGAGCAGACUUUGGCUUGUGGCUCUCAGCUGCGUUUGUGGUGGUCGUGUGAAACAUCGGGGAUCCACCGGGGACACAAUCAGUCAGUAACCUGCGUCUUUGUGGGGGUUUUCUGCACCAACGUGGGAGAUGUUUCCAUCCAACACGGAGAACAAGAGAGUGGAGAGAGUGGAGAUUCCCACCAGCGUCCUGGACGACCUGUGCAGCCGGUUCAUCCUGCACAUCCCCAGCGAGGAGCGGGACAACGCCAUCCGAGUGUGUUUCCAGAUUGAGCUGGCCCACUGGUUCUACCUGGACUUCUGCCUGCAGAACACUCCAGGAGCCCCCCAUUGUGGAAUAAGAGACUUUGCCAAAGCUGUCUUCCAGCAUUGUCCGUUUCUACUGCCUCAUGGAGAAGAAGUGCAGAAGGUUCUGGAGCAGUGGAAGGAGUACAAGAUGGGAGUGCCCACCUAUGGUGCCAUCAUUCUGGAUGAAACCUUAGAGAAGGUGCUGCUUGUUCAAGGCUACCUCGCAAAAUCCGGCUGGGGCUUCCCGAAAGGGAAGGUGAACGAGGACGAGGCGCCGCACGACUGUGCCGUCCGUGAAGUGAUGGAGGAGACGGGCUUCGACAUUAAAAACCGCAUCUGCAAGGACAUGUACAUCGAGCAGAAGAUCACGGACCAGGUGGUGCGGCUCUACAUCAUCCCCGGAGUGUCCAAGGACACCAAGUUCUUUCCCAAAACCAGGAAAGAGAUCCGGAAUAUCGAGUGGUUUUCUAUCGAGAAGCUGCCCUGCCACAGGAACGACAUGACCCCCAAGUCUAAGCUCGGACUUGCACCCAAUAGGUUUUUCAUGGCCAUUCCUUUCAUCAGACCUCUGAGAGAAUGGAUCAGCCGGCUGAAAGGCGAGUCGACCGACAGCGAUGAAGACUUGGCAAACAGCAGAAACACUCCGUCCAAACCUUCAGACAUCGCUCGGUCAAAAUCUCGACACACAGCAGGACCGGAUGCGUUUCCUUUUCCUGGAGAAAGCUGGACCAAACAUAAGCAGCAGAAGACUCCGGGGCAGCAUGAACUGAACCAGAAAAUAAUGUCGAAAAGCAGUGGGAAGAAAUCCCAGGACUCGCCCAGCAUGAAGAAAGGAGCCAGUGACAACGGAUCCAGCAGCCACGUCAAAACCUCCUCAAAAGAAGAUAAAAGACCUCAACCCAGGAGGCUGCAAGAGAUUUUUGGGAAAGACGUGGCUCCACACAGUUCCAGCUGGGGUUUAUCAGCGGAAGACAAAGACUGUGAACACUUGGUGUCCUCCAGGGCUUUCCUCAACUUCAGAUUUGACAGAGAUGCCAUCAUCAAAUGUUUUGACUAUUGAUACAUCUGUAUAUCAUACACUUCGUGACCUCCUUGUCAUGAUAUUACCAUAUUAACGGAGGCCUUUUCAGACCUUUGAAAACAGACUAACAGCCCUGUUUUCAGUCUGUGCUUUCAAGAGCGCGUACCUUUUUAGUUUUCAAAGUUAAAGUCUGCAGGAGGCUAAGUGGACUGGAAAGUCGGGAAAGUCUUUCUAGAACCUAAUGGAAUUACAUCCCAAGUAUGGGGGCAAUGUAGCGUCAAAACACCACCAUAAUAAUAGUGAAAUAAAGGAGCAGUCGUAUUGUUUUGAAUUUGGCCAGUUUUACUAUAAAUGGAGGCUUUAAAAAGGGUUAGAUUUGAUCAAAACGUUAGCAUUUUCCUUUCCUCGGGUGAAAGCUAUAUUUUAAAGCUUAAUGUUACAAAACAAUGAAUUUUUCUAUCUGAAUAAAUGGUUUCAUUUUCUUAUUUUCAUUGUCAGACCGAUACAUUUUGUAAGUGACAUAUUCUUAUUUGUCCAGUUUUAAACGGUGUGGUUAAAGUGUAUUGAUUAUGUAUUUGGGAGGUCUAUGAAUGUGUUUGGCAUGAGGUAAGGCAGAUGAUGGCCGGCUCCCGUUUAGAAAUGUUUCCAGUUUAUAAUUGUAUAAAUGUGUCAGGUUUUUUGAAGAUCAAAAAGGUGACACAGUUAGUUUCAUACUUGCAGCUUGUUCUUCCUGAGGGGACGUCCCCGACGUGUGUGAGAUGAUCAAAGCUGCUUUCUCUAAUGCAAGCGGUUAUUUUUAUUUGAUUUUCUUUGUAUGUUUGUCUGAACUUGUGCUUGGUUCGAAAAGUGAUUUUUACACUGAAUGUGAAUGUUAAUAAAUUGUAUUUCUCUCUAAA